UUUUUCUUUCAGAUUACGCAAAAAAAAGCUUCAUUACAUAACAUCAGUUCAUUUUAAACUCGCAGCUGUAUCAGACGCAGCCUCAAGAACUGUGGAUGUAGAAUAUCAUCACAUUUGAAACCAUCUUUAAACCAUCCUCCAUUAAAAAUGACAAAGCCAAUGUGGUUCUGUCUGAGAAACGCAACACGACCGCUUUAAUUGGUUUUCUCAUAUUUUAAAAUAGCGGGUUCUUCAGUGAUUUUGCCCCAUAUUAAAAUGGAAUGUCUGACCAGUUAGCAUUAAGUUUUGUCUUCAGGGAACUUGUAAUUAUACUGUUGAAAGUAAAGGACAUCUAUAGCAACAGCAGACAAAUUGUAAGUUUGUUUACUGUUGGAUGUUGCCAGGAGAAAUUCAACCAACGACACAGACUCACGGCAGCCCAGGUGCCUUCAACGCUUCUUACAGACAGAAGAAAAUGAGUAGCCAGGAUAUUAUAACAAUUAAUGUAGGAGGACAGAAAUUCACCACUACCAUGUCAUCGCUGCGAAGGCUUCCUGAAUCUAGGCUUGCGCGUAUGCUGGACGGCAGUGACCCCGAAUUUAUUGUAACAAGUGGACAGGUUUUCGUGGACAGAGAUGGGAGCUUAUUUAAGUACAUAUUGGACUAUAUAAGGAAUUUUCACGUCUCACUGCCACCAAAUUUCCUCGACUUUGAGGGACUAAGGCGCGAGGCAGAAUUCUAUGAAGUGCAGGCGCUGACGGAGUUUCUGGCCAGGGACAGCUGCCGUCCCAGGUUAGAAAUGUUAGAGCUGCGCUUCUCCAUCCAGGAAACGCAUGGUUUCUUCAGAGUAUUCUGCUCGCAGAGCACCACGCUGGAGGCGUUGGCCUCCAGAAUAUCCGUGUUCGCCGAGCAGCCGGCGAUAAAUUGGAAUCACGCCUACCAGCCCCAGAAACCCAUGGCACCAGUACCGCUGCAGCGGCCUUCUCACCACGAUCUGGUCUUUCAGUGUGGUACCGACUACUCCGCCGGGGACGAGUUCGCUGCAAGGUGAGGGUGACACAAUGGAAUGAUGCAAACAUUAGCAAUCCCCUCUAUUCACUGGUCAUACAUGUUGUAGUGCGUCUAUUGAUUGACACAUCCGCACGAUUAUUGGCAUUCAAAACAAAUUUUAGCCGAGAAAUAGCCUAUAAAGUAUUUUUGC